AUGGCUCAAGUCCGCUUCCUCCGGCCUGGUUUCCUCCUGCUGCUCCUGCAGCAAGCGGGGGCCUGCGCCUUGCAGCCGGGGCAGCGGAAUGGGACGGGGGACCCCUUGCCCAAAGGCCCGCUGGGAGAGCAGCUCAGAGCGGGGGCUGGCCUGGAGGAGCGGCUUCUCCUUCCCCGCCCAGCCGCAGUGAGCUGGGCUGCUGGCUCCAGGGUGCCAGAGGGUGGGGCAGAGGAGCGGGCCCCGGGGACAGCCCCCCCUGUGGAGAGCCCCCCCCUCUGCUCCGGCAAGUGUGGCGGCGGCGGCAGGGCGGUCAAGAGCAUCCUGGUCUGUGUCUUGGGCGCCCUGGUCAUGCUGGGCAACGGGACGGUCAUCGCGGUCAUCGCCUCCUCCGUGUCCGGCUGGAGCCACAGCAGCCGGCUGGUGCUGCUCUCACUGGCUGCCGCCGACGCCGCCCUGGCCGUGCUGGUGGUGCCCCUCAACAUGUACCACAGCCUGGCGCUGAGGGCCGUGGAGGAGGAGGAGGGCACCAGCUGCCGGGCGGUGGCCUUCAUCAACUCCAGCGUCUUCGGGGCCUCCCUCUACUCCCUGGCAGGCGUCUCCCUGGAGCGCUACGUGGCCGUCUUCUUCCCACUGAGCUAUGGGCGCCUCUUGACCCGCAGGCGGGUGGCCCUGCUCAUCGCCGCCGCGUGGCUGCUGCCCGCCCUCCUGUUGGUGCCGCUGGCAGUGCCGGGCCCUGGGGCCGUGCUGCGGGUCCGCUUCUCGGUGGCGGCUCUGCUCUGCGAGCCGGACUAUGCCUCCAGCCCUGCCUACUCCCUGCUGCUGGCGGGCACCAUCUUCUGCCCGGCUGCGGGGGUCAUUACCUUUGCCAACUUGCGCCUGUGGCUGGCAGCCCGCUCUCAGCAGCGGAGCCAGAGGGGCCUGGCCUUGGCAGGGAGAGGGGCGGCCCCUAAGAGGCUCCGCCGGCUGCGCGUGGGCCCUGCUUCCCGCAUCCUGGUUCCGGUGGUCAUUGCCUUCUACAUCUGCUGGGGACCCUGCAUGGGCACCAUCCUGUACAACACUCUCACCCUGGAACGAGUCCACGAGUGGCUGGAGUUUGUGGCCCUCUGGCUGCCCACCGGCAGCGGAUUCCUCAACUGCUUUGUCUACUUCUGGGUCAACCGGAGCUUCCGGCACAAGUUCCAAAUGCUCGGCCGCCGGCUGUGCUGUGGAGCCCCGCGGGAGUGGCCUGGCCUCGCCCUCCCGACUGUCAGUGCCGGGGUGCAGAGGGGGGGCUGUGGUAAGGUGGGCCUCCCCCCAGACAGCUCCCCCAACGGCUCCUCCAUCAACAGCCUCUCCCUCUCCCAGGAAGCCCAGGCCGCCCUGUGA